AUGUCUUUGACGGCCAGUGAAAAGCCGACUGUGAGGGGCAUCCCCACUUUACUGGAACCAAAAGGACCCAGGUUGGAUCGUGCUGCUAUCACUUCUGAUCAUGUCCUGAAGCAUCAGGUGACCCAGAGUUCUCAUCUGACCCGUUCCCGUUAUGUGUGUGGACGACGGACUGCUGUGAACAGGAAUGUUGGGGGUGAGGACUCAGUGGAAGGAGAAUGGCCAUGGCAGGUCAGUGUGAGGAAGAUGGGCAAGCAUAUAUGUGGAGGGGCUCUCAUCACAGACGAGUGGGUUGUGACAGCGGCACAUUGUUUCCGACCAGAUGACAAUCCCUUCCAGUAUAGCAUGAUGCUGGGGGCCAACAAACUGGAGAACUCCUGGCUCCACAAGCAAUCCGUGGGGGUUGGAGAAAUCAUCAGGAACCCCCGGUAUUCAGGGGAGGCCACGAGUGGAGACAUUGCCCUGGUGCGGCUGGCUCACCCAGUGAGAUUCACCAAGUACAUCAUUCCAAUUUGUGUGCCUGCAGCUAAUGUGGAGUUUCCCCCAGGCAUGAUGUGCUGGGUCACUGGCUGGGGGGAUAUCAGUGAAGGACAGGAUUUACCCUCUCCAAAGAAGCUCCAGAAGCUCCAGGUGCCCAUAAUAGAUACAAAUACCUGCAGAAGACUUUACAGCACUGACAUGGGCCAGAGUCUGCCCCAGAAACAAAUACAAGAUGACAUGAUGUGUGCUGGAUAUGCUGAGGGCAUGAAAGACACGUGCAAGGGUGAUUCUGGUGGUCCGCUGAUGUGCAAGAUGAAACAGGAGUGGCUCUUGGCAGGGAUCGUGAGCUGGGGAGAAGGCUGUGCAGAGAGGAACCGCCCUGGGGUGUACAUCCGCCUUACUUCAUACCAGGACUGGAUUCACAGGAUCAUCCCUAAUCUGGAGUUCAUUGUCUCGGGCAGGUGGAACCAGAAGAUCCAAAGUCAAGGCACUAGUGGUGCCAAUGGGAAGGGACAGGACUUCUUUGUCACUGCUCUGCUGCAGCUCUUGGUGUGGACGCUGUGUCAUAUCUUGGAGUAG